ACGGCGCGGGGCGCGGCGCGCGGGGGGCCGGGGCGCCCAGCGACGGGCUCGCAGCUGAGGGCGGCGGCGGCGGCGGCGGCGGCGGCAGCCAUGGCGGAGGCGGCGCCGGCACGGCACAGGAGGAAGCGCCGCGCCACCCCUCUGCCUUCUUCCUCGCCGUCCCCACCGGCCACAGAGAAGAGCCCCUAUUUCCAGACCUCCGAGAUCUCGCUCUGGACCGUGGUGGCCGCCGUGCAGGCCGUGGAGAGGAAGGUGGAGGCGCAGGCGGCCCGGCUGCAGAGGCUGGAGGGCCGCGCGGGCAGCGCCGAGAAGAAGCUGGCGGACUGCGAGAAGACGGCGGCCGCGCUGGGCCACCAGCUGGAGGGCAAGUGGGCGGUGCUGGGCACCCUGCUGCAGGAGUACGGGCUGCUGCAGCGGCGCCUGGAGAACAUGGAGAACCUGCUGCGGAACCGCAACUUCUGGGUGCUGCGCCUGCCGCCCGGCAGCAAGGGCGAGACCCCCAAGGCGUCCCGGUCCCUGGACGACGACGGGCUGUGCUUCUCCGAGCAGGAGUGGGAGAACCUGGAGGACUGGCAGAAGGAGCUGUACAGGAACGUCAUGAACAGCAGCUACGAGACGCUGGUGUCCCUGAAGGUGCUGGGCCAGUCGGACGGAGAGGCGGAGCUGGAGACAGAGAUGCUGGGCAGCCUGGAGGAGGACGGGCUUGCUGGUGACCACCCAGUGGAGGGUGUGAUGAUCAAGCAGGAGCUGCAGUACCUGCAGGAGGGCGCCGGCGAGCUGCCCGCGGAGCUGUCGGGCGUGGCGGAGGAGCAGCUGUUCCUGGGCCCCGAGCAGGCCGAGCUGUGGGACGGCGCGGCCGACGCUGCCCUCCUGGAGUCGGGCCCUGGGGACGCCGGCCUCGAGGAGCCUGGUGAGGGAAGCACGGACCCCGGCCUCGGCAGGACUCCGGGCUCCCCGGCGCAGAAGGCGGCCCGGCCCCCGCAGCCGGGCCAGGAGCCGAGAAGGGGCCCCUCCCGCGCCUACACCUGUGCCGAGUGCGACGCCAGCUUCCGCUCCAAGCAGCAGCUGGCCGCACACCUGCGGACCCACUCGGGCUGGGAGGCGGGCGAGGCCCCGCAGCCCCCCGAGAGCUUGCGGCCCCGGCCGCGGCUCAAGCCCCAGGCCAAGAAGGCGAGGCUGCAGUGCGCCGUGUGCCAGCGGGCCUUCAGCUGCAAGGUGAGCCUGGCCGCCCACCAGCGCUGCCAUGCCCAGGAGGGCGCGGGCGCGCCCCGCGUGCAGGAGCGCUUCUCCCCCAACAGCCUGGUGGCCCUGCCCGGCCACAUCCCCUGGCGCAAGAGCCGCAGCUCCCUCAUCUGCGGCUACUGCGGCAAGAGCUUCAGCCACCCGUCGGACCUGGUGCGGCACCAGCGCAUCCACACGGGCGAGCGGCCGUACCGCUGCCCCGAGUGCGAGAAGAGCUUCGUGCAGAAGCAGCACCUGCUGCAGCACCAGAAGAUCCACCAGCGGGAGCGCGGCCGGGCGCCCCCCGAGCCCGCUCGGGCCAACGGCCUGCUCUAAGGGCGCCAGCCCCUCGCCCUGGGGUGGGGGCGGAGGGGCUGGCGCUGGUCCCCCCCAGAGACUGCAGGGCCGCUGUCCCCUGCCCCGCCCGCCUCUUCACCCUGCCGGGGCGGAGUCGGGGAAGCGGCUCCCGCCCCCCCGGCGGCCGAUUCUGUUAGUGACUAGUAGGAGUAAUUUAAGUGGACUGCUGGCCCCGCUCCGAAGAGCCAUUUUUGGAAUUAGCUUCCAGUCGACCAGUGGAGUCCGCGCCCCGUGUCUUAAAUUCGCUGUCGCAGAUGUUCCUAGCACGGGACCAGGCCUGCCCUCUAGGAGGGCAUCGUUCUCGGGGCUCUUUCAGCCCGCUCACGCUGAGGCCCGAGCCUGGGGGGCUGGGCUGGCUCCCUCGGGUGGGGGCCCACAGGGGGCUAACAGGAUCAAAACGACGGAGAGGAAGGGGUGGGGUUGCCCCCCCCCCGCCCCGCCCCGCUCAGCACAGAGGAAACAGCUGCCGGUCCUGGGGGUCCGGGAGCAGCUCGGCGACACGGUGCUCGGGUUGUCCAGUGCUUAUGCGAGCCCUGCCCUCAUCUGGGGCUGCCUGUUCUCGAGACACUGGCCUCGGGUGCUGACCGCCUGGGGAGGUGGGAGUGGCUCCUGGGCCCUGGAUGUGUCCCCUCUGGUCAUUUGCAGUUGCCUAGAAUAAAACCCGCUACUUGCACACAA